CUAUUACCCGAAAUACCACCACCUAAAACUUCUGGCAAAAAUUUGGAAUCCGAAAGUACGUUACAGGUCGUCAUUCUUGCUGAUAGCUUUAAUGAACGAUUCCGUCCCAUAAUCCUUGAUAGGCCACGAGUAGUUAAAGAAGCAAGUCCAUUUCACAAGACAAGAUCUUUAGGUGAAUCCCCAAUUUUCGUACUAGAUGAGAAAACUAAUGAAUGCGUUCAUUGUGAACCGUGGAGCUCUAUCCGCGUAAACGUCGCAUGGUUAUGGAUUGAUAUUUGUUCAGUAAAGGUGCCAGCUUUUAUUCACCGAGAAUUUUGA